ACUCUAUAUUCUGCAUUGGCAAUUGAGCAAGUGUGAGUUAGUGUCAGAAAUGCAGGCGUGCAAUUUUCUUAGCCGAGUUGUUAACUCUACCAAGCCAAACGUGCGAUCUUUUUCCAGAACAUUAGGAGUCAUGGUUAAGGUUGGAGAUAAAAUUCCGUCUGUGGACCUUUUUGAGGACUCGCCAGCAAAUAAGAUAAAUACCGGCGAGCUAACAAAUGGCAAAAAAGUAAUAUUUUUCGGUGUGCCCGGUGCAUUUACUCCUGGCUGUUCAAAAACUCAUUUGCCAGGCUAUGUAAGUGGAGCAGAGUCUCUCAAAGCCGAACAGGGCAUUGAUGAAAUUGUUUGUGUCUCUGUCAACGAUCCGUUUGUAAUGUCCGCUUGGGGCAAGGAGCAUGGAGCAACUGGCAAAGUACGCAUGCUAGCUGAUCCUGCUGGUCUGUUUGCAUCCGCCUUGGAUGUGAACAUCGACUUGCCACCGUUAGGCGGCGUGCGAUCCAAGCGUUACUCCAUGGUUGUGCAGAACGGCGAGGUUAAAGAGUUAAACAUCGAACCCGAUGGCACUGGCCUCAGCUGCUCGCUAGCCAACAACAUUGGUAAGAAGUAAACUAAUUAUACAAUAUUAUUAGUGCCGAAAUAUCAUGUCUUCAAUUAUAAAACAGCUAUGUAGAGAUUAAAUAAAAAUGCAACU